GUCUUUAAAGAUGAGUAUGGAAAUGAUAUUUGUGUUAUUGCUAAAUCAACUUUUACUAAUGUCUGGAAAGCUUUAAUACUGUCGCUUCAAUUUAUGUCUCCGAAGUCUGAUUUGUGUAAAACUUGUAAGACAAUGAAAAUGGAUAUACAAUAUGCAACUCAAUAUGAAAAAAAAUUGGAACUUACUGAGAAUUAUUUGGCACAUUUAAGUUGUGCGCAAAAGGAACGUGACUACUAUAAUAAUAAUAUUGUAAAGGCAGUUGAAGAUGGCACAAAAUAUAAAAAUACUUUAUUUGCCGCAGCAAGUAACUUUCCUAAUGCCCAACAAACUAAUUAUAUAAUUGACGAAGCUGAAAUACCUGAUGAUGGUAAACAAGAAAAAG